UGGCUGGGCCGGUAACUUCAUUGAUGGGAAUAUGGCAAGCCCCGCCCGGGUGUGGCGUCAGUGGGCGGGGUCUUCUCGGCGGAUGUCUCGGUGGCUCUGACUGGUGUCUGUGGAGCUCGGAGGUGACAGCGGUCAGAGAGCGGAGGAGACGGCGGACAGGAUUUACGGGUGAAUAGCUGUUUCUGAAGGUUUCCGAAAUGUCCCACGACCACCAUACCAUGACCACGUCUGACCCGCACACUGGUCACCACCACCCGACUACGACCGGGCACCAACAUGGCGGAGAUGGAGGCGGCGGCGGUAACAUGCAUAUGAUGCAUAUGGUGUUUUAUUUCGGCUAUGAGAACGUGGAGCUUCUGUUUUCGGGGCUGGUGAUCAACUCGCCGGGAGAGAUGGCGGGGGCCUUCGUGGCCGUGUUUCUGCUCGCCAUGUUGUACGAGGGGCUGAAGAUUGCACGAGAAUCCCUGCUCAGGAAGUCACAAGUCAGUAUCCGGUAUAACUCCAUGCCAGUACCCGGACCCAACGGCACCACCUUAAUGGAGACUCACAAGACUGUAGGACAGCAGAUGAUCAGCCUCCCCCACCUGUUCCAGACUUUUCUUCACGUCAUUCAGGUGGUGGUCAGCUACUUCCUCAUGUUAAUAUUCAUGAGCUACAACGCCUACCUGUGCAUCGCGGUGGCGGCAGGCGCUGGAACUGGAUACUUCUUCUUCAGCUGGAAGAAGGCGGUGGUGGUGGAUAUAACCGAACAUUGCCAUUAACAAAGAGCCACCCGCGACCCCCCCCCCCCCCCCCCUGUGGGUUUAGGCGACGGGACAUCGGGUGAUGCCGGCAAAAUAGCUCCACCUCCUCCAGAGACGAUGAGUGACCAACACAACAAACUCCUCCAAUGCCUUUUUUUUUUUUUUUAAAUCUUAGUUUUGAUACCACAUCUGUAAUUCAUGUCGAUGUCCUGUAGUCAAGGAUCAGUGGAUUUCUUAUGGAGCGUUCCUUGAAGAUCUUAUGCUGUUUCAUGCUAAUUAUGGCCCCGAUUAGGAAAAAUUUAGUAAUAUAAAUCACCUAGGUCAUUGUUUUCCCAACCAGGGUGCCUCCAGCUGUUGCAAAACUACAAC